AUGUGUGACAUUGAUAUACAAGAGAACGAGAAAGAUGACAGGGGCCGUGUUUCGUCUGAUCUUCCAAGUUUGACAGCUGAAGUGGAAAUGGAGUCAAUGAAGGUAGAAUCAUCUAUAAAACAGCGCGAUAUACAAGAAGUAAAAAAUUCUGUGCGAAUCGUGGACAGGAAGAUUGUAUCACGAGAUAUACGUCUUGAUGAUUCAUCCAAGGGUACUGUUGAACUAUUCAAAAAUGGAAUAUGGGGAACAAUCUGUGACGAUGACUGGGACAUCAAAGACGCACAUGUGAUAUGUAAAAUGCUGGGAUUUACUAUCGCUACAGCAUCACGCGCCAAAGCAUACUACGGAGAAGGAACGGGGCCAAUUUUUAUGGACAAUGUCGAUUGCGUUGGAACAGAAGACAAUAUAUGGUCAUGCCCGCAUAUUGAUGAACAUAAUGAAAAUUGCGGACAUAGCAGGGAUGCAGGUGUUGAAUGCCUUUGA